UUCGAACCCAAUUCCAUGUCCCUUGUCCUGCGCACCAGAGGGAAGGGAAAUUGCAAAGGGGGCAGUUUCGUGAAUCUAUCUGCCCCACCACGGUGGCUGUAUCUUUGGCUUCGGUUUGGAGUGCACCACUCGUCUCUGCUCUCUCUUUUGGUCCCUCUCUCUCUCUCUCUCUCUCUGCUUCACAUGCCUCUCCUUCAUCGAUUGACAGAGACAACCUCCUUAGGAAUUGCAACUCUCUCUUGGUCCCUCCCUCCCUCUCUCUCUCUCUCUCUCUCUCUCUAUCUGUGUGUGAAUUUCUGGUUUUCCAAGAUUCUUCACCGGAUAUUAUCACCAUAUCUGCAAAACCCAAUCCAGCCGUUGGAUACCCACAUGCCCAAAUCUCUCUCCCUCUCUCUUGCGCGCACACACUCGAUCGCUGUGGCUCUCUUUAGCCAUCACUGAAAAACAAAUUCUUUUUCUGGACCUCCUCUUUUUUUUUUUUUUUUUUUUUUCUGAAGGAGGACUCUUCCUUUUUUGUUGUAUUAGCUGGAGUUACAUGCUCCGCCCCCGUCCCUUCUCUGUUUCUUCCUCCUCCCCCCACUCCCCUGUUUCAUGGCUGCAUCAGCUCUGUCCCAAUUAUUCGGCGACCAGAACAAGGGCCAGGAGGUCAGCAGGCAGGAGAUACAGGCCGCCAUUGCCAAGGCUCUGGAGCUCCGGGCUCUCCACGCCGCGCUCAUGCAGGGCAACAGCCCUGCCAACCUCCGAUUCCCCGCCGCUUCCCCUGCUCCUAACUCCGCCGCCUCCUCCCAUCUCUCUGCUCAAGACUACCCUGUCUUCACGCCCAGCUAUGAAGACGACCCUCUGCCGGGGUACCCUCCGGUUCCAGUGAAGGGUCGAACGAUGUCGGGAACUUGGGAUGAAAUUGGACUGGGACUAGGGAAUAUGGACGAGAGUGUUAUAUCCGACUACCGGAAGGAAAAUUCGUCUUCGAGAAAGGGCUUCCAUUCCCAUCUGGCGAGCUUAGAAUCGCACGUAUGUCCCACCGACGAUCAGAAAUCAGUCACUGGCUCUUGCACGAACAAUCUGGCCAUCCCCGAGACCUCCCCUAGGACCGAUUUCUACAGGUCGUACCGGAGAAAGAGCAUGGAUGAUUUGAAAUCUGUAUCGUCCUGCAAUAGGUGCAAGCCCGCAGUUAUAACCUCUGAACCGGAUAAUGUCCCCAGGACCAGCAAGAACUCCAACAUUGUUGUGCCACUCACGAAUCCUCUCUCGUCGGCUCAUCCGCAGACGAAGAACCGGGGAGUCUUUUCGUGGUUUCUUCCACGGCUAAAGAAGAAGAACAAGAACGAAAAUUCCCCAAACCGAACCGAAUCCGAGGAAGUAUCUCAGAUUUUCAAGGACUUGGGGAUAGUUUCGAUCGAAACAUUGAAGAAAGAGCUGAUUGAGGCGAAUGAGCAUAGAGAUGCGGCGCUAAUGGAGGUGGCUGAGAUGAAAUCUUCGCUUGGGGAGCUGAGGCAGAAGCUGGACUACCUGGAGACUUAUUGUGAGGGGCUCAAGAAGGCUUUGAGGCAAGCGACACAAGGGAAGGAUUCUCAAAUUUCCGAAAAGCCCGGGACGUUUCCUCUGAAGGGAAAUUCCAUAAAUGGGAACGAAGAAAGUUUGAUGCCUGUGAGCGAGGAAGUAAUGACCGAGGGCUUCUUGCAAAUGGUGACCGAAUCGAGGUUAUCAGUGAAGCAAUUUUGCAAAACCUUGGUUGGGCAGAUCGAAGAGACAGACAGUACCCUAAUGGAGAAUUUGAAUACACUGCUCCGGCCCUAUAAGCUUUCUCUGAACUCAAAGUACUCGAAGGCGGUGUUGUACCAUCUGGAAGCUAUAAUAAACCAAUCGCUUUACCAGGACUUUGAGAACUGCGUGUUCCAGAAGAACGGUUCACCUAAGAUCCUAGACCCUCAACAGGAUCGCCAAGCACAGUUUACAUCGUUUGUAGCGCUCAGAAAUUUAAGCUGGAACGAAGUUCUGAGGAAGGGCACUAAAUACUACAGCGAAGAGUUCAGCAAGUUCUGCGAUCAGAAGAUGAGUUGCAUCAUCACGACCUUGAAUUGGACCAGACCGUGGCCAGAGCAACUCCUGCAAGCGUUCUUUGUGUCCGCCAAAUGCAUAUGGCUGCUUCAUCUGCUUGCCUUUUCUUUCAGCCCACCAAUCGGGAUUUUGAGGGUCGAAGAGAACAGAAGUUUUGAUCCGCACUACAUGGAGGACAUACUCGUGGAUCGGCAGAAACAGCACAGUUCGAGCCGGGUGAAGAUCAUGGUGAUGCCCGGAUUUUAUGUUCACGAUAGGGUGUUGAGAUGCAAAGUUCUUUGCAGGUACAAAUCAGGAUCAUAAGCAAUUAUAUAAAUGGCAUUUCUUUGUCUGUACCCUUUGUUGUAUUCACUUCUUUUGCGCGCGAUUUCGAAUGGAUACAGUCUGUUAAGUCUCACAGUGCAUGCAAUAAAUGGAAAAAGGGGUGCUGUUUAGUGUUUAUUGCUUCAAUUCCCAUACUUUUGCAUGUUAGAACAGGAAAGUGUUUAAUCUUUUGUAUCUACAGUUUGAGAAGGCCUCAGUGAGUCAGAUUUGGUU